AUGACCUCCAGUCGUUCACGCGAUAUGGAGGGCAAAAUCGUGCUCAUCACUGGUUCGACAAGUGGACUAGGUCUUCACACAGCGAAAAAUCUCUUCAUAAGGGGUGCAACCGUUAUCCUGACAUGUCGUGAUGAGGUGCGUGGACGAGCCGCUCUAGAGGCCGUGCAAUCACAGUUAGACAGUAGCGAGGAGUCACCAGAAGGUCGACUUUACCUCUUUACUCUGGAUUUGGCUUGUUACCAAUCAAUUCUGACUUUCUGCAAUGAGAUAAAGCAGCAUUUCGACCGUAUCGAUGUGCUUAUUAACAAUGCUGGUGUAAUGGGACUCGCGCGUUUAACGGCAAAUCGCUGCUCAACAAAGGUCUAUGCCAUUCGUCCCGGGUUUGUUGGAGGAACUGAGCUGGGUCGUGAAACUCACUGGCUUCUGCGAUCAUUGGCAGCGCCAGUCAUCUGGAUGGUUUCGAAAAAUUUGGAUCAGGGCAUAGAGUCCAUCGUACACUGUGCUGUGACGCCUAAUGAUGAGAUGACAUCGGGCGCUUUCUAUCAUAAUUGCCAAGAAGAGGAUUACGGGCCUAUGCUUUCUCGUAAUGGGAUCGAGAUGCAUUUCGCUACGAAUGCAUUCGGUCAUUACGUGUUGGUGAACAAUUUGUUGAUGUUGCUGGAGAGAAGUGCCGACGGAAGAAUCGUCAUUGUAUCCUCCGGACUGUAUAAAGGUGUGAAUCACAUUCCAUCAAUUCGUCAGCUGAUGGGUGAGCACGACUGGGAUUAUCAGGCAAGAUUUGCGUACGCCGUGAGCAAGUUGGCCAAUUGCCUACAUGCAGUAGAGUUGGCUAAGCGUUUAACGGCAAAUCGCUGCUCAACAAAGGUCUAUGCCAUUCGUCCC